CUUCAAAGCAACCCCGGAACUUGUCGACUGGCAGUCGCAAAAAACAAAUCUAACAAAUCGAACAAACGCAGGCAUCGAACAGCACCAACAUGAAUAUUGUCUCGCAAGUCUGUUGGUGCAACAUCUGGGACACGGACACCAUGGUGAAUGUGGGUCCCGAUGUCCUGUGCCUGCGCAAUGGCAACGCGAUCAAGUUCGUCCACAUGCAGACCAAGGCGGUGCUUUUCUUCAAGCCGGAGACGGUGGCCACAGGGCUGAGUAUCAAAUGCUUUGCCGGCCACAACCGCUUUCCCCUUUUCGCCUUCGCCGAAGCUGUCCUGCGGCCCAAUAUCUAUGUCUAUCGCUAUCCGGACUUGGUUAAAUUCAGCACCAUUCCACCUUCCGAGAUUACCUACACGGAUAUACGUUUCUCUGAGCUCGACCUUCUGCUCGCCGUGGGCGGAUAUCCCGACUACUCUAUUUGUGUCUACAACUACCGAACUGCCGCCUUGGUCCUGCAGGAACCUACCCAUGUGGCCACUUUGGAGCGCGGCUUGGUGAUCAGCUCCUCCACUCUGCCCAGCAUUGUGCAGUUGAACAAGCAGGAUAUGACCAUCCCGUGCUACGACAUCUGCACCGUCGAGAAGGAGUCCUUCCUCUAUAAACUGGCCGAUGUGGAGCUGGGCAAGAACUACUUGAAGUCCUGCGAGCGCUGUCUCACCUACGGCGACGACAACAUCCUGUACGCCACCAAUGACUUUGGCCAACUGCUGUACGUCGACGUGGCCUGCUUCGCUCUGAGGCACCAGUGGAGUCCCCCCUCAGAGGACGAGAAUAUGGAGAGGACGCCUCGAGCCCACGCCAUCGCCAGCCAUCGAUCUGGAUUCAUCAUCUCGAACAGCUCGAAUGCCAUUUAUAUUAAAAAGAAGGCAGGCGUUUACAAGGUUGAAUGGGAGCUGGAGUGUCGCCUGAACGAGGUGGUGCGCUUCCUGAGCAACAGCAACGGCGAGAUCUACGCGGAGCGUCGGCCGGGUCACCUCGACCACGUGGUGGUGGACCGCAGUGGAUCCGUUUCCCUUGAGUGCGUGGUGCCCGCGGGUCGACCAGUGAUCACCUUCCGGGUGCUGCAGGGAUUGAAGGACGAGUGCGUGUGCUGCCUGUACGACGACGGGGUGGCCAUGCUGGACCUGGCCAAGGGCCACACCCUCUGCGAGGUUCCCGUUCCGGAGGCGAGUGCCAUGAGCAACCACCGCAGUCUUGCCCUGGUGGCUGUGGGGACACUGGGUGCCCGCAUUGUGCUGAUCCACUUCGAGCGGGCCAGUCUGCCGCACGUUCUCUGCGAACUGACAUUGGAUGCGGCAUCCGUGAUCGGUCUAGAGUUCAAUGACAGCUGGCUGGUGUUCCAGGACCAGACGAAGAUGCUCCACGUCGUCCAGGUGGACAACAGGCCGCCCAAGCUGACCCACUACUUCGGGAUGAACCAGCCGGAAUUGGCGGCGGCCUUUGUGCACACCUUCCUCCUGGCGGACGGACCACGUCUGAUGGUCUUCAUCAACAGGGACCAGACGAUGAAGCGUCCCGGCAACGCCACCGAGCUGUGGGUCUACAAUUGGGGCAAGGACAAGCGGCUGCACCGGCGGGAGUAUGUCCUGCCCAAGCAGUAUGGCUUCUUUUGCGUCCAGCCGCCGGUGGGCAGAUGGGCGAUGAUGGAGAUCGUGGCCAUCGAGUACAACACCCUCAACUUCAGCCAGUUCGCGCUGAACGAGAAGAACGAGCUGCAGUGGAUCGCCUCCACCAAGUCGGCGCACUUCUCCUACAUCCUGGGCGUCGGCAUGACCAAGCAUUUGGUCACCUGGGGCCUGGGCGGGAUCAUGGUGCACUUCAAGCAGCACAAGCGCGCCAAGAAGCCGUUCAUGAUCUCCCGAUUCCUCAACAUCGGCAUGAAAACGGAGUACCUACUGCGGGUUAAGGAGUGCUUUAAUUCCAAAUACCUGAUCAUCCUGCUGGCGAACAAGAGCAUGCGAGUGAUGCGUCUGCCUUCCUUGGCGGACUUUGUCCGUGAAAAUGAAGCCCUGCCCCUUCCGGUGGAAGAGGGCUUUCCAUGCUACAUCGACCAGACGCUCUACAAGGUGGAUCAAUUUGUGCCACUGAGCCUCAAGCAGGAGGUCAAGGAGGAGUACACUCGAGUGGAUUUGUCGAAGCGCGACAAGCUGUUUGCCAGCAUCAAGGACUUUGCGGCCAAGGUGACCGAACUAAUUGAUUACGACAUCUCGAAAACGGGCAAAACCCAUGGGAUCUUCAAGAAGUUCUGCUUCCACUAUCCCUGGUUGGAUGCCCUCACCCAGGAGGCUCAGAAGUUGUGUGCCUUGGAGCGGGAAUCUCUGGAGCUGGCCAUUGCGGAUCAGGCAAGGAUUCGGGAUUGGAUCUUGAGGUUGGUUACCCGCGACGCUGUGAGCAUCAACUACAAGGUGCGCUCCAUAUUCGCGGAUGCCAACUUUGAGAGCUUCUCCCUGCGACGCAAAGUCGAGAUGACCGAGUUCGACAAGUAUCGUUUCUACGAUCUAGAAGAUCAUAUGCGCCUUUCCCUCGGCUCUAUGGAAAUUGAGGAAAUAGAGGCACCUGCUCCGGCAGGUGGACAUGGUGGACAUGGUCCCCCACCCGAUGACGACGAUUUGGGCGAGGAGGAGGAGAAACCCGAGACUAUCCAGGGAUUGCGGGAACUCAAAACAUUCGUGGUGGAAGGACCCAGCGUUUACGAGCACAUCAUGGCACCUGUUUUCCAGCUGCAGGACAAGGACCUGGUGACCUCCAACCAGCUGUUCAACUACAAUUGCAAGAUCCGCUACUACCUGAGCGAUCCUCUGAAGCAGGAGUUCAACAAGCUCUUCCACGAGGCGCAGCAACUCAAGCAGGACACCAUCGACAGUGUGAUGCACACGAACGAGGUUCUCAACAAGAUCUACGACAACAUGAACAUCAUGCUGCGUCUCCUGAACAUGGAUCAGUUUACACCUCCAGAACUCACAAUGCCCGGGCUGGAACAGGAUGAGGUGAUCAAACGGAUCAUGGAGGUGGACGACUCGGAGAUCAAGGCGAUCAACCGAAGGAAACCCAAGACAAUCGACACUGGUGGUAAGAAGGGUCGACUGCUCCUGUGGAGUCCUGAGUUCUGGGCUCGGGCACUCAUCGUGAUGAUGGAUGGCGUGCUGGAGAAGCUCUGGGAGGAGGAGAUCAAGAAGGACAUUCCCGAGCCGGAGUUCGUGGCCAAGAAGCAGCCGCAUGAGUACAAUCUCGAGGAGCAGAAGAUCUAUCGUGCCUACGAGGAGGCAGUGCAUCUCCUGGAACUCGAUCGUCGUAAAUAUCUACGCAUCCUGCACGAGAAUGAAGAGAAAACACUGGCUUUAAAGGCUUCCCAGAUACUGAAGCUCAACCAACGAGUUGCCGAACUGAUGAUCCUGAAGUUGAAGUACGACUUUGCCUUGAAGCAAGGACAACUAAGACUGCUGACCUUGGAGCACAUGAACUUCAAUCGGGUGCAGUUGCGCAAGCGCUACACUCUGUUCCGCAAGGAUAUCGACAAGUUAAGCGACUACAUUUUGCGCUAUGGCAAUUUGCUGGAUUUCUAUGACAAGGCCUUCCAGGAUCUCAAAUUGAGGUUGGAGGCGCAGCAGACUCGUGAUCGAGCCAUCGAGAGGCAGUUCCGCAGCCAGUUCCUGCCACUGGUGCCGCAUGCCACCCACGAGAUGACCAAGCUCUUCAAGAAACGACCCAAGCUGCCCGGCAAGGUCUUCAACUCGGUGCUCAUCUGCAUGGAGGCCUCCAACAAGCUGAGUGGAAAGUCCACCCAUCGGACACCUUUUCCGCUGCCCGACGAUGUCCUUGAGUUCCUCAACUAUCUGGCCGAGUUCGAUCAGCCGAAGCAGUGUCCUCCGCAGGUGGACGCCAAGUCCUGGGACGCCUUCGUCAAGCUGCGAACAAAAACGGAGAGCGAACUGCGGCUGAAGGGCAUCGGGUACCAGCUGCUCGACAGCCAGAUCCUGUCCAGCACCCUCAACAAGGACUUCUCGGCGCUCAAGGACUCCAAGCUGCUGACGCAGCGCAACGCCGAGGAGAGCAUCCAAACCUACUUGGAAAAGAUGAGAAACAUGACGAUCCAGUUGACCCUAACAAUGGGCCAGGUUGAAGUCGGGGUGAUGGGCAAGUUCACCAAGCUAUCGAACACAGUUCUCAUGCAUGUGGAUGACAUCAAUGAUGUGAAUCGCCAGAUACAGGAAGCCGGAAACAAAAAGAUCAAGGCCAUGCAGCGGGUGGCAGUUUUUCGGCGCCAGGUGAUCUUCAAGGAGUGGGAGCACAAGCUCUACAAGGCGAACAUAGCCUAUCUCAAAUACAUGCUGGAUGCCAUCGAGAAGUGCAAGGUGUCCAUGGAGUUCCUCAACAUUCUCCGCAACUGGGAAAAGGUCAAAACAGAGCGCCAGAAGUAUAUGGGUGGAGCAAUCGAGCGGGUUAUCGAGCAGAAAAUAGCCGCCUUCAAGAAGCACAUCGAUCGAGUGAAUGUGAAAAUCGAUGCGGUGAAAGCGCAGACUUUGGAGGUAAAGCGUAGCAAUCACGCCAUCGAUUUCAAAAUCGAGCGGAUCAAGGUUGACGUCACUUUCCAAAAUACUUUACGCGAUACCAUGAUGGAGGAGAAGCGGGACCGUGAACAACGAGAGCGCAUGUCACAGAUAAAGACCCAUCGGCAGCUCAUGGAGAAUGUGCGCCGGAACUACGCCCAUGUGCUGGAAUUGCAGACGAUAUUGGAGCUACUUCGACUGAGAACCUACCCCACUUUGGGUCCACCUCUGCCCCAAUGUCAUCCACCGGUGCCGGAGCACAUCCUCAGUUCAGUGCCGUAGGAAAACCCAAACUUGACCCACCUGCAGACCCUUUCAAGAGAUUAGGUUCAAGCCAGCUUACGAAUCAACAAUUAAAUAUUUUUAUUGCAUCAAGUAAA